AUGGCAGCACGGCUAGUCAGUAUGCAAAAUAUGAGCACAUUCGCUUCGAGUAUUAUAUUCAAGCGUAUAUCUUCAAGAUUUUUGCAUAUGGGUGAAUAUUUUAGUCGCGGUAGUCUGAAUGAAAUUGAGCUUCAGACCGCAGUACUCUUGGCUGGACGAAAACAUUUGGUCAGUUCAAACUCACCUGGCUUUCCGAAGUAUCUGUCAGGCCCGAAAGAUGAUUUCCCAAUGCUGGUUAAAGCGAGGAAAGGGCAAGAGACUAGUAUGAAACACUGGGCUUUAAGAUCUAGAGAGAUUAUUGAUCAAGCAUAUCAAAGGUAUGUCAGCUAUGCGUGA